UUGCGUUCUCUAAAAUAAAGCCCUCCCAUUCUUGCUACCCUGUUUACACCGCCACCGCCAACCCCGUUCGGUAUUUAAAGGCCGCGUUCUCUCAUUUCAAGUCAGUGUUUUGCCGUCGACAGUUUAGGAAACAACGAACCCAAUAAGAGAUCGUUCCUUGUCGAGCAGAUCGACUCAGUAUACACAAAGGUUGUAAAUUCAGAAAACAACCAUGAGAGCUUUGGCUUUCGUUCCACUUUUGGUUGCCACCGUUUUGGCUGCACCCCAAUACGGUCAACCCCCAGCAGCAGGCGAGACUGUUUCCAUUACCAAGGAACAGUGGGCCUCUCUGAACCCAUACGGGUCUGCUUCUUCCUACCCCGCUGCUGAACGCCCACAAAUUGAAGAAAUUCAGAAGCAAUGGGAGAGAUUCUAUGAAUAUCUUCCGUGGUUGAAGGGACCUCCAGGCCCACCAGGCCCACAAGGAUCUCCUGGAUCUGCCGGAUCAUCUGGAGGAAGCGCCUACGGAGGUUCUAGCUACUCACAACCUCAAGUUAUCCCUGGACCACCCGGCCCACCUGGACCUCCAGGACCUGCUGGAUAUAAGGGAGAUGCUGGGGCUCCAGGAGCUCCUGGCUACUCUGGAGGACCCGGACCUCAAGGCCCUGCUGGCAAACCUGGUUCACCUGGCUAUCCUGGAGAAAAAGGAACACCAGGCUACAAUGGAGCUCCCGGAGCACCUGGUAAACCUGGCUACAACGGAGAAAAGGGAACCCCUGGUUACAAUGGAGCACCUGGUUUACCUGGAGGCCCUGGACUUCCCGGCAAAGACGGUUACAAUGGAGCUCCCGGACCUGCAGGACCUAAAGGUGAAGCUGGCCCACCAGGUUACACUAUCCCAUCCAAGAUCCCAGGCCCACCAGGUGCACCUGGCUACCCGGGCAAAGACGGAGCUCCUGGUUACCCUGGUGGUCCCGGACCCGUUGGCCCAGUUGGCCCUGCUGGACUUCAAGGAGCUCCUGGCAAACCGGGCACCAAUGGUUAUCCUGGAGGUCCCGGACCUAAGGGCGACGCUGGAACUCCUGGUUAUGCUGGAGCCCCAGGCAAAGAUGGAUACCCCGGCGCACCUAGCAAGAUCCCUGGUCCACCUGGUCCCGUUGGACCUGCUGGAUCCCCUGGCUACAAUGGCGCUCCUGGCAAGGAUGGUCUCCCUGGCGGCCCUGGAUACCCAGGCAAAGAUGGAAAGCCCGGAGCUCCUGGAUACACUGGUGCACCUGGCCAACCAGGUAAGCCCGGUAAAGAUGGUCUUCCCGGCCCUGCCGGAACUCCUGGUUACCCUGGCGGCCCAGGCCCCGUUGGCCCACUAGGUAAACCCGGUGCUCCUGGAUACCCUGGUGGUCCAGGACCAGUUGGUCCAGUAGGACCUCUCGGCCCAGUCGGCCCACAAGGCAAACCAGGCAGUCCAGGUUACCCAGGUGGCCCUGGACCAGCUGGUCCUCUUGGACCUGUUGGACCCGUCGGACCUCAAGGUAAACCAGGAUCUCCUGGUUAUCCAGGUCCCGCUGGACCAGCAGGACCUGCCGGUUCUCCAGGCCAGACUUACGAAGCACCGGCCCCGGCUUACCCAGCUCCAGCUUACCCAGUCCCUGCUCCAGCUUAUCCGGCACCGGCUCCAAUCUAUCAACAACCCAUUUACGAGCCCCCAGCACCAAGCUAUGGUUAAACAUCACCCUAUCACAACGAGAAUUUUAUUCUAAAAAUUUUAUUACCUCUUUGACUCAUAUUUCAUUCCCAAUUCACUUUUAGAAGUCUGCUGCAGUUUAUAUUUGAAUAUUAGCUGUUGUUAUGAUUUCGCACAAGGUGUAAAUAAAUCACAAUAAUAAUAA